ACCAUGCAGAAGGAACGCUUGCUCAAAGUUCUUGUCAUUGGAGACUUGGGUGUGGGGAAGACGUCAAUAAUCAAGCGCUAUGUUCAUCAAAUAUUUUCUCAACAUUAUCGCGCCACCAUCGGAGUGGACUUUGCACUUAAAGUUCUAAAUUGGGAUCAUCAGACGGUUGUGCGACUCCAGUUGUGGGAUAUUGCAGGGCAAGAACGCUAUGGUAACAUGACUCGUGUGUAUUACCGAGAGGCGGUGGGAGCCCUGGUGGUCUUCGAUAUGACUAGAGCUUCCACUUUCCAGGCUGUGCUCAAAUGGAAGGGGGAUCUUGACUCCAAGGUUGCCCUUGGCGACGGCAAACCCGUGCCCGCCGUUCUGCUGGCAAACAAGUGUGACCAGAGGAGACACGGACUGUGUUCCAAACUGCCAAAGUUAGAGACCUUCUCCAGAGACCAUGGCUUUAUUGGAUGGUAUGAGACAUCUGCCAAGGACAACACCAACAUUGACGCCGCUAUCAUGUGUCUGGUGGAGCACAUACUGGCAGGUGAUGCGGACAGGACUCCCAUGAACUCUGAUCCAAGUCUGCUCAUUCUCCCCGCUUUCGACUACAACCUCCAGGAGCGGAGCUCCCCAAUAUGUUCAUCCUGCACCAGACUCAAUCCCUACCACAGGGACAGCAGAGAAUAA